AUGAAAGUCAUCAUCUUAAUAGCAAUUAUUGCUUUUAAUGCUGUUAAAUGUGAUACGCCGUCUUGGGCUAGCUCAUCUGUUACUUAAACUGCUAAGAAUUGCGUUACAGCUUUGGUACUUCCAACCUGUCUUGCUACCACUUGCGCUGAUGCUGCAAAAGCUUACUCCACAUGUAUUAUUUGCUCAUCAAACAAUGGUAGCUUCAGUGCUUAUUUAAGUUGUGCUAAAAGUUGUGCUAAUACUUAUAUUAAUGACCCCACUACUAAGGGUGAUACCACAGUUGCUACUUAUGCUAAUGGAUAUACUUCUUGCAUUCAAGCUAUGAAUGGAUCACUAUUGGCCUUAUCAGGUUUCUUCAUAACUAUUUUAGCUUUACUCUUCUGA